UUAUUAAAUUAACCCAUUAAUUUAUUAGCAUCUCUCUCAAGCACAGUCCCGCGUAUAAAUACUUGGCCACAGCAUCUUCUGCCUCAUCGUCCUCGGUUUUCGAACCAUCCUCCGACCCGACCCGACCCGACCAGGCCCGACUGGAUUCUAAUGGAUCGACCGAAAUUCGUUAUCCAACCCGAAGAAGCCGAAACCGCCGCGAAGCGACUCGGCGUCUCCGUUGUUGAGCUCCUCCCGUCGCUAGUGAAGCCGGCGAAGUCCCUGGCUCGACCUCCGAUCUCCAACUUCCACGUCGCCGCCAUCGGGCUUGGCUCCUCCGGCCGGAUUUUCGUCGGCGUCAAUGUCGAGUUCCCCGGUCUCCCUCUCCACCACUCCAUCCACGCUGAGCAGUUCCUUGUCACCAACCUCUCCCUCUCCGGCGAGAAAUGCCUGCGCUACGUCGCCGUGUCAGCCGCCCCCUGCGGCCAUUGCCGCCAGUUCCUCCAGGAGGUUCCCGACGCUCCCGACAUCAAAAUCCUCAUCACCGAUUCCAACGCGCUCCCCUCACGCGCCGCUGGCGACGGAGAUGAAUUCGAGCGGCUGUCGAGUCUUCUUCCCCACAGAUUCGGCCCUGACGAUCUCCUGGAGAAGGACGUGCCUCUCCUCCUCGAGCCGCACGAUAACCGCCUGACGAUUCCGGAUAUCGACCUUGAUUGCCACCGAGAUGGCGAGAUCUGCAACGGCGGAGCGGAUUCCGGUCACGGAACUCGAUCGGAGAUGAUGCGCGUGGCCCUAGAGGCGGCGAACAGGUCGUACGCACCGUACAGUGGGUGUCCGUCGGGAGUGGCGGUGGUGGAUUGCGACGGGGGGGUUUUCAGGGGAUGGUACAUGGAAUCGGCGGCGUAUAACCCUAGUUUGGGGCCGGUACAGGCGGCGAUGGUGGAUUAUGUGGCCAACGGCGGCGGUGGAGGCUACGAGAGGAUCGUCGGAGCUGUGCUGGUCGAGAAAGAGGGCGCGGUGGUCCGGCAAGAGCACACGGCGAGGCUUCUCUUGCAGACGAUCUCGCCCAAGUGCGACUUCCAGGUCUUCCAUUGCCGUGCGGGCUUGCCUGCUUCUUGAAUGAUGAUGGCCAUGAUGAUGAUGAUGAUGAUGACGACUACGAUAAAAAUGGGGGUGAUGACCCAAAGGGCGGUGGGAAUAAAUAAAUAAGUCUCUCUUGGUCUUUGUUAUUGUAUUUUGGAUAAUUAUUUAAUCAUUGUUUCACAAUCCCGUGUUAAUACAAAGUUAAAGCUUCUACCUUUUUUAUCA